AUGUCUGUUAUGAAUGCGAGUUACGCCUCGCCAGUCGCCGAUGCUGCCUUCGCAAAGAUCAAUGCCAUCGCACCUGAGGGCUUUGUGCAGCGCCUUCUUGCUGGAGUGAACACAUGGACUGUUUUCUUUACUCUGCUUAUCGGCGCUCUUGUCUACGAUCAGGCGGCAUACAUCUACCGCAAGGGUUCAAUCGUGGGGCCCAUGUUCAAGACUCCCUUCAUCGGUCCUUUCCUCGAGUCGGUAAACCCUAGAUUCGAACAGUACAAGGCAAAAUGGGCCAGCGGCGACCUGAGCUGUGUCUCCGUUUUCCACAAGUUUGUCGUUAUUGCCUCGACCCGCGACAUGGCCCGCAAGGUCUUCAACUCUCCCACCUACGUCAAGCCCUGCGUCGUUGAUAUCGCAUACAAACUCCUUCGUCCUACCAACUGGGUUUUCCUCGAUGGCAAGGCUCAUGUCGACUACCGCAAGGGUCUCAAUGGACUUUUCACCCGUCAAGCUCUCGAGCUUUACUUGCCCGGUCAGGAGGAGGUCUACGAUGCAUACUUCGCUCGCUUCCUCAAGGUCACCAAGGACGCUGGUAACAAGCCUGUCGCAUUCAUGCCCGAGUUCAGAGAGCUUCUGUGCGCCGUUUCCUGCAGAACUUUCGUUGGUCACUACAUCAGCGACGAGGCCAUCAAGAAGAUCGCAGACGACUACUACAUGAUCACCGCUGCUCUCGAGCUUGUCAACUUCCCCAUCAUUCUUCCCUUCACAAAGACUUGGUACGGCAAGAAGGCUGCCGACAUGGUUCUUGACGAAUUCGCAAAAUGCGCCGCAAAGGCAAAGGUCCGCAUGAACGCUGGUGGUGAAGUCCGCAGCAUUCUCGAUGCCUGGGUUAAGCAGAUGAUCGAGUCCGAGGCCUACCGCACCAAGGUCGCCAGCGGCGUCAAGAUGGACGAUUCUGAGAAGCCCGCCAUGCUCAUCCGCACUUUCACCGACUACGAAAUCGCCCAGACUCUGUUUACCUUCCUUUUCGCAUCCCAGGAUGCCACCAGCAGUGCUGCCACUUGGCUUUUCCAGAUUGUUGCUGACCGUCCCGAUGUUCUGGAGAAGCUGCGCGAGGAGAACAUGCGUGUCCGCAAGGGUGACAAGAACGCCCGUCUGACCAUGGACAUGCUCGAGUCGAUGACCUACACCAGAGCAGUUGUCAAGGAGCAGCUCCGUUACCGCCCUCCCGUCCUCAUGGUUCCUUACCUCGUCAAGAAGGAUUUCCCUGUUACCGAGACCUACACCGCCAAGAAGGGAUCUAUGAUCAUUCCCACCACAUACCCUGCUCUUCACGACCCCGUUGCAUACCCCGAGCCCGACACUUUCAACCCUGACAGAUGGAUUACCGGUGAUGCCGAGAAGCACCCCAAGAACUGGCUAGUGUUCGGCACAGGACCUCACUACUGUCUUGGACAAACAUAUGCCACACUCAACUUGAUGGCCAUGAUUGGCAAGGCUUGUGUUGAGAUGGACUGGAAGCACGAAAUUACGCCCAAGUCAGAGGAGAUCAAGAUCUUCGCCACGAUUUUCCCCGAGGAUGACUGUCUUCUUACAUUCAGCAAGAGAGAUUAG